AGUACCUAAAACAAUGUGGGUGUUCAAUAAAUUUAGCAAAAAAUAGAAUUUAUCACAAUUUUUGUUAUACUUUUUUGAUAUGUCAGUUAGAAAAUGACCGGAAAAUCCGGUCAAUCUCCCACACAUAUCGCCCACAUCACAUCUCUCAGAACAAAUAUUAUAAACGUACUCACUCACAAUCAUAAUAAAUCUUCAAAAAAAAACUCAGAGAAAAAAAAACCUAAGCAAACAACAAUUUUCAUUUCCAUUAUUGUUUCUUAAUGUCAACUUAAAUUUUCUGAUGUUCUGGCACAUUUUUGUUUUUGAAAAGCGAAACGAACAAAUCCUUUUAAAGAAAUAAAUACAUCUUCGUUUUAUUAUCUUAGCUGUCACAAAAGACACUCCAAUGCUGGAAUUUUUGUUUUUGGUUGAAAUUGAAGCACACACUCGUCCGUCCAUGAUUUUCAGUUACAAGAGGUCCUUUUCACAUUUCACCCUCUAGAACCAACUCAAGAUAUCUAAACUGAAAAUGUUUUUUUUCCCUCAUUCAACAUCAAAAAACGAGACCCAUGGGUGGAAAUGCGGAGAAUACGUACAUUCUUGUGAGUAUGAUGAUGAUAUACCGGAAAAGCUGGAACGGCAAUUGAAUAGCUAUUCCAUCCAAAAAAGAGAAAUCGUAUUAAGAGAAGAAGUCAAUUAAUUAAGUCAGAUUUCUAACUAUCUUGUGAUCAACUUGAAUUCUGUCAUCGUCAUUAACGUCAAAAAACUAACUAAAUUUCUUAACAAUUCAAAAAUGAGAUAACAAAAAGCUGGCAAACUUAACGAAAGUAACAAUAACCAACUGUCAUCUAAGUCAUUGUCGUCGUAUAGCUGUCGUCGUCGUCUUGUCCGCAUCUCAUAAUAAUAAAAUUGUAGUAGAACGUCACACACUUUUUUAGAAAAAAAAACGUCAACAAAAAUUCUAUUGACACACUUGACUGAAUGUCAUCACCAUUUUCCAAAUACUAACUCUACACAAAGCCUAAAAAAAAAAACUUAACGAGCCUCCUCAACUGUCAACAAAAAUUUUAUUGAAGAUGCUGCCCAUAAUUAGAAAAACAACGAAAGCUUAUAGCUGCACUACCACCAGUAAAAACAACACCGACGAUACCAACAACAACAACAACAACACCCCCACCACCAAAAUGGGAUCAAUAUACUGUAAAUCAAAUAGAAAAAUAAGAAAGUUCACCCUUUCAUCGACAGCAUUGGCAUUUGGAAUGGUUGCGGUCUUAAUGGCUGUCCAUGCCCCCUAUGGCUAUUGUCAGUCAGAAGAAGUCAACUCGACCUCAACCUCUACAGAAUCAACGCCAAAUACGACAGUUGCCGAACGGCAAGAAAGCGGCACAACCCUACACUGUCAAGACGGUCUAAUGAUUAGUGUUUGGCGGCCGCAAGAAAAUUUGACAUUUGGAGAUCGCUUCGCGCGAGGUCUAGCUUAUGCAUUUGCAAUGAUCUACUUGUUUAUUGGUGUCUCAAUUGUCUCCGAUCGCUUUAUGGCAGCGAUUGAAGUGAUCACGUCAAAGGAAAAAGAGGUUAUUAUAAAAAAACCCUCCGGGGAAACUCAAGUAAUUGUGGUCCGUGUGUGGAAUGAAACAGUUGCAAAUUUGACAUUAAUGGCACUCGGUUCGAGUGCCCCAGAAAUUCUUCUAUCUGUCAUUGAAAUGUUUGCGAAAAAUUUUGAAGCCGGUGACUUAGGACCUGGGACAAUUGUUGGAUCGGCAGCCUAUAAUUUAUUUGUUAUCAUUGCACUUUGCGUUGCUGUGAUUCCAGAUGGAGAGGUCCGAAAGAUCAAGCAUUUGCGAGUGUUCUUUGUGACCGCUACUUGGUCUGUAUUUGCCUACAUUUGGUUGUACUUAAUACUGUCGCAGAUCUCGCCAGGGCGGGUUGAGGUCUGGGAAGGUCUAUUAACAUUCAUGUUCUUCCCAGCUACCGUGCUCACCGCCUACAUCGCCGACAGACGUAUGCUGAUCUACAAAUAUUUAGAUAAGAAUUAUCGUAUGAAUAAACGCGGCGUUAUUGUCAGUGCUGAGGGCGAUGCCGUCCUGGAGAUGAAUAACCGCGCAAGUAGUAUCAAGAUUUUAGAAGAGAAUGGUGGUGUGGUCAACGAGGAGACUAAAGAAUUCGAAAUGGCCAGACGUGAGUACAUUUCAACGCUUAGAGACCUGCGCAAAAAGCACCCACAAAGUGAUUUGGAGCAAUUAGAACUGAUGGCUCAGGAACAAUUGAUAAAUAAGGGUCCGAAAACUAGGGCUUUUUAUCGGGUGCAAGCUACCCGUAAAAUGAUGGGCAGUGGUAAUAUUGUGAAGAAGAUACAGGAACGUGCGCAGAGUGAUCUGAGCGAGGUGAAGGCUGAAUUGCAUAAGGUCGAUGUUCAAGAGGAUUCAGAUGAUGCAGUGUGCAAGUUCUACUUUGAACCGGGACACUAUACCGUUAUGGAGAGUUGUGGUUCAUUCGAGGUGCGUGUUGUACGACGGGGGGAUAUAUCAUCGAUUAUGACAGUUGAAUAUGAGACAGAAGAUGGUUCGGCUGAAGCUGGCUCGGAUUAUAUUGGCAAGAAGGGGGUAUUGAAUUUUAUGCCUGGGGUAGCGGAACAGAGAUUUAGGAUUGAAGUGAUUGACGAUGAGGUAUUUGAACAAGAUGAACAUUUUUAUGUGAGACUUAGUAAUCCAUCGGAACCGGGUGUGUUGGUUACACCUAAAGUGGCAACUGUGAUGAUACUCGAUGAUGAUCAUUGUGGUAUAUUUGCGUUUGCGAAUAAAGAACAUGAAGUUGUUGAAUCGGUGGGAACGUAUGAUAUGAAAGUGCAGAGGUUUUCGGGUGCGAGGGGUAAGGUUGUGGUGCCGUAUUGGACGGAGGAUGGGACAGCUAGAGCCGGCAAGGAUUACGAGCCGUUGCAAGGAGAAUUGGUUUUCGAAAAUAAUCAAAGCGAAAAAUUUCUCAACCUUGCCAUCAUUGAAGAGGGUGCAUAUGAGAAGGAUGUUGUAUUCUAUGUUAAUAUUGGUGAACCCCAGAUUGCAGCAGACACGGAUAAAAAAUCGGAUCCAUUUAAAUUUUUGACUAAAUAUUUUGACGAUGAACUGGCAGGACUUAUACAAGCAGCAGAAGCCAAACGCCCAGAGGAGCUGACAGAAGAGGAUAAAUUGGCUCUGUUAGGGCGGCCAAAACCAGGAGACUGUGUUCGUGCUGAAUUGCGGAUCAAAGAAAGUAAGGAGUUCAAGAAUACUGUAGAUAAACUUGUCCAGAAGGCUAAUGCGUCGCUACUCCUGGGAACCUCAAGUUGGAAGGAACAAUUCACGGAGGCACUCACUGUCAGUGCGGGAGACGAUGAUGAUGGUGAAGGUGGAGGUGGAGGUGGCGAAGAUGGUGAAGAGCCCUCACCAACAUGCGGCGAUUAUAUCAUGCAUUUUCUAACGGUCUUUUGGAAAGUCCUUUUUGCAUUCAUCCCACCAACAGAUAUCGCCGGAGGAUAUUUAUGUUUUGUCGUAUCAAUUUCGUGUAUAGGUGUAGUUACAGCCGUUAUUGGUGAUGUAGCAUCACAUUUUGGCUGUACUUUGGGAAUUAAGGACGCAGUCACUGCCAUAUGCUUUGUUGCUCUAGGAACAAGUAUACCUGAUACGUUUGCUAGUAAAGUAGCAGCUAUACAGGACAAACAUGCCGACGCAAGUGUCGGCAACGUAACCGGAAGUAAUGCUGUUAACGUAUUCCUUGGAAUUGGUGUAGCGUGGACAAUCGCAGCAAUUUAUCAUGAAUCACGUGGACACAGUUUUUACGUUGAUCCCGGAAGUCUAGCAUUUUCUGUGACAUUAUUUUGUACAGAAGCAUUAAUAGCAAUUGGUAUCCUUAUGAUAAGGCGAAGCAAUGCCUUUGGCGGAGAACUCGGUGGACCAACAACGUGUAAAUACAUAAGCAGUGGAAUAUUAUUUUCACUUUGGAUCAUCUAUGUUGUUCUUGGAAGUUUAGAGGCUUACGGUAUUAUUGAAGGAUUCUAAAAAGAAUAAACAGAAUUAAAUUUAUAAAAAAAA